UCCGCCUCAAUUUGUAUCAGAUAUUGAUUCUGUGUCUGACGCCUUAGAGUUCCAAGCAAAACUUAGUAUUAAGUGUGAAGAUGGGAAGACUAUACCAGCAAAAUGGGUGACAUUCUCAAUGGUCGCAUUUGAUGAUUUCAUGUCAAAGAUCACUCAUCAAGUGCAUAUUUUAUUGGACGAUGAAACAAUUCAAAGACAUAAUUAUACUAUAUCGUACAAAAUGGCAACAAAUGCAAUGGCAACGCAGAUUUCUGAUUUCCAGAAGUUUGUUGAUGAUUAUAAAAACAAGGCCACAUUGUCAUUAAAGAAGGAUAUGGUAAUGAUUAUCAUUCAUAUUAAUACGUCAGAAAAGAAGAAUAAAAAGAAGCGAAACAAAUCACAGGCGAAUAUAAAAAAUGUAACCCUGGACUCCGACUCAGAGAAUCUCAGUACUUCAGAAAUUGAAGGAAGUAUUACCAGAAAGCGCAAGAAAAAAACAAUCCCCAAACAUCAUGCUCUUGAUAGCCUGGAGAUUGAAAAGGCUAAGAUCAUCAAACAACUGCGGGAAAAGUAUCACUGCAUUGAACACAAUCAACCAUGUUAUAUCAAUAUAAAUACUUGCUCUCAUCUCCGCUUAUCGCCACAUCAUUUGUCUCUGUGGGCUCAUGAUUUGUAUGAUAUUUUAAUAAUAUCUCAUUGA